AUGUUUGAAGAGAGGCCACGCGGUCAAGGUGGAGCUCCUCACGGCCUGAUACUGGCGGUGGUGGUGAGCAUAGUGGUGCUGGUUCCGUUUCUGUUCGGUGACUCAGGCGAGGCCGUGACCGAGUUCAUUGCCGAGCUCUUGAGCCCAGUGGGGCUUUUGCUCUUGCCUAUUGUUCUCCUACUCACCAUACAGUUUCUGUCGUCCGAUCGUGGCUCAUUUGUGUCCAGCUUUUUCUCCACCGGCGAGCCAGACUCCAUUCACAGGGUUAGUGGGUCGCCUGUCGGUGUGGCGCUUUUCCUCGUGUUGAUUUUGUUUUUGCUUUACAAUCGUGUAUCGAUCUUUGGCGGUGAUGAUGAUUCUGGUGAAUGA